AGAGCUCACAGACGCGCGUGCCUCGCUCCAACUCACACCAACAAUGAUCCUCUUCAUGUUAACUCUGCUGUUUUCAUCCCUCCAUAGUUGGUCGGAGGCGAACUCAACGCUUUUGCCGAGGAUGAUCAUCACAGACAAAGGGACUACAAUGAAGAGGUUACCUUUACCUGGCAACCAUGCACCUGUACAGCUUUUUCUGGAACGAGAGCCAGACAAGGUCAUAGUCGCUGGACAAAAACGCCUGACUUCAUUCAACUUCCAAAAUCCUCAGAAGACUGUGGUGUUGUGGGAGAACUGCAUCGACAAUCGGCUUCCGCAAACAGAUUGCGACUAUAACAUCACUGUGGUCCACGAGAUGGCAAAUCAACAAAUGUUUCUGUGCGGGACCAACGGCAGAGGAACCCUGUGCUGUGACCUGAAUUUAUCAGAGAAGCCACCACUGUGCGUUCCCUCUGACAAAAUGAAGAGCAUAAGAGAAAACAUAAAGGAGUUUCCCAUAAAGGAAGGUGAACCGUCCAUCCUUGUAGAAUCAGAAGGAAAUGCAGACCUCUACAUUACGUAUUCCGGAUCUGGACAGUAUGUUGGCAUCCACAGGUUUGGGAGGAGCGGACUUCAACCAGCAAGCCAAAAAGAAGAGCAGCACUAUGUGGGUUUGAUGCUCAGCAGACAGGGAAACCUGCAGGACAAAGUUUACGCCUUCUAUAAGGAGAAAAACAGAGACAGCAGCUUGUACAGUGAAAUGUGGCUCCCUUUUGUGACCCAGGUUUGCAUGGCAGAUGUUGGUGGUCCCAAGAACACCCUGCAGUUUACCUGGACAUCCCAGCUGAAUGCCAGGCUCUUCUGUGGAGACCCUGCCAGCAAACAGCACUUCUCUGAGCUGGUAGAUGUGGCCACUGUGCAUGCUGAGCGGUGGAUGGAUACCAGGGUUUAUGCGCUCUUCAGAAAUGAAUGGGGUAUGAGCGCUGUGUGUGUCUACUCCAUGCAAGAUAUUGACCGCGUCUUCAAAACCUCCCCAUUUAAAGACAACCAAAUGGAAAGGAGUAGAAUGUGUGUAGCGGACAGCACGAGGAUUCCUUUAGACACCCUGAAGAAGAUUGAGAAGACUUCAGAGAUGGAGCAGUGGGUCCGGCCUGUAGACAACUCUGGCCCGAUUCUCUUUAAUCACCACAGCUACACUCACAUCUACGUCGACAGUUCCCAGCACAAGAGGAACAGUCACCCGGUCCUGUUUCUGUCUCUAAAUAAUGGACGGAUUCACAAGAUGAUCAAGAACAAAAGUCAGACCUUUGUCAUCGCCGAGUAUCGAGCUUUCAACCACAAAGCCCACAUCCUCGGCAUCACCCUUCACCCUGCCUCUAGGAAGCUGUACGUGAACUCCAGAAGUGAACUGGUCCAGCUGGACGUGGCAAACUGUACCCAGUAUGGAGACACGUGCGAGGAAUGUGUCUUAGCCAGAGAUCCGUACUGCGGCUGGAGCGGCGACCACUGCACCCCUGACGGCACAGUGCGGGAUGUGGCGAGAGGAAACCAUACCAUCUGCAUGUCAAUGCUUGAGCUCCCUGUAGUAGCGUUCAGAUAUUCCACUGAUACACAUGCAGACAAGGAUGUGAACAGCAUCAAACUGCCCUCCCGCUCCAAGUAUUUCCUCCAGUGCCCGGUGUCGUCCCGUCAUGCGCAGUACACAUGGCAUCACACUGAAGGGUCCACAUCCUGCAGCUCGAGGGAGCAGCAGUGCCUUCUUCUGAUCGACAGCAUGGGUCCCGAGCAGGUGGGAACGUACACGUGUGUUUCAGAGGAGAUGGGCUACAGCAGAGUCCUGGCACAGUAUCGACUACAGCUGAAGAGCAGGGCGGAGGGUCGUGCAUCAAGCCUCCUGGUCUGGGUUUGUUUCAUGGUUGUUCUGAUCAAGAGUUUUUCCUGUCAGUUCCAUAGCGUGCUAUGAAUACAGUGGUGGUUCAGUAUUCAGUGGAUAAAUUGAAUCACUGUACUUGUGUGUGUGUCUGUAGUCAUACAUUAGCGAGGGCUGCAGCUUUAGAAGCAUUGUUCCUGUUAUUUUACAGACAAAUUUUACAGCACCUUUGGCAUUCAUGUUAACAUCUUGACAAAACAGUCAUUUUCAAGUGCAGUGGACAUUGUUAAUGACAGCACAUCGAUCAUGCCAACAAUUUGCUUCGUUGAUUGUGGAAAUUAAAAUCUCAGUCGUUGCCAUGCUACGUAAUUAGAUCUAGCCUUCAGAUGUGUAUUUUCUCAAGAAUGUAAAGUGCGUGUUCCUCUUUUAGCACAUCUGAGUGCUUAGGCAUGCCACUGCACUUGAUAAUUACCAUCAGCUUCACACAGACAGCAGAAUGUACUUUCGAAUAAUGAUGCAAUAAUUUGUUAGCAUAAUUAAAGUUCAGCUUUUUUAUUGUGACAACUUCGUUGUAAAACCAAUUAUAACACAGAGUCACAGUAUGUACAGAUUGAAAAUUUAUAUAGAAUAUAUAUAGAAAAUAACUAAUUAUAUGUGUCAUACAAAUUGAGUGAGAAGAUAUGGCUCACUUCCGCUCCUUGUAGUGUUGCAAAAGAUCUUAACUGUUAAAUGAGCUUCAGGGGUUUUGAAAGACUGCCAGAGAUCAUCUUUCAUUUCAGUUCUUUUGAAACGUGACCUGUAAGUGUUUGCAUCCAUUUCCUUCAAUGUGAAAUUCCGUCCAAAUGGGCGUGACAUACCGUCUUGGCUGUGCAUUCCUAUCUUGCAUACUACCUCACACUUGCUUGACGGGAUUUGGGUUACAACAGACCGUAGGGUGCCGUGUUCAUAUUGUGAAGUACUACCUGAAUUUGCGGAAAUGCUAAGCUGAGCAGUCCUUUUUUCAGCGCCUAUUUCGUGCCUAUUUUUAGUCAGAGAGGUGUGAACCUGUGAAGAGACAAUGCAGUUGGGACCCUUCUCAGACAGCGAGUGGUUGUUUUAGCAGUUUAAGCACUUUAUAUUUUGUAUGAACAUGAGCUUGAUAUGAUGUGAUACCUGAUAUAUUUAAAGGGCCUGUUCACCAACAUCACACACACCUUUAAAAGGUACAGUGUGUAAAAUAUGGCUGGAAUUUUAGCUCAAAAGAAACAAUAAAGAUAAAAAAUAGAGCUGCUGAUCACCUCGGCGCCGUUUUCCCUUUCAUCAAACUGGCCUCCUUCGGUCUCGGAGGUUGUGUUCGGUUGCGGUCCGGUCGUGUUCAGUGGGAGGCUUUCCUCCACCCCAAGACAACGGAGGUGAACGGCCAUUCUUAUUUAGUUGGAGAGGCUGUCUGACCGAAUGUCAUCUGAGCAGCUACUUUUUUCCGUCCUGCUGAUGACUGUGUCCUUGUAGGACUUAUAGAGUGGAUGAAAGAUGGUCAGACGAUUAUCAGUGUCAAAUGAUUUGUCAGUGUUUGUUUUUGAUGAAUGUAAUGUCAUGUAAACUAUUACAUGGCCAUGUUUGUUAUGGCUGUUGGAUGAUCUGUAAUGUUUCACGUUUGAUCUUUGUUUACAAGCUUUAAUACUGAACUUUGAAAUGCUGAAUUUAUUUUUGUAGUUAGGAACAUAUUUUUUAGUCAUGCAUGUGUCUAUAUGCGAUGUUCCUCUUUCACAUAAAUGCAAAUCUGUGUUCA